AUGAUCGCUAUCCAGCAGAAUUUAAAUAUAACACCUUUUCACGUGCGAGUGUCUACGGAAAUACCUAUCGGCGCCGGUCUUGGCGGUUCGACAUCUUUCGCGGUAUGUCUGGCAGCGUGUUUUUUAUACUGGAAGAAUCUACAGUCGGAAAAUCCAAUUGAAUUUGAUCAUGAUCUUCUUUUGGAGUGCGUUAAAAUUUAUGCUAAAUUUUACGAGGAAUUGCAAGACAACGAAUGCGCGUCGGUCGAUACCAGCGUUUGCAUAUUCGGCAAUAUAAUAAAAGGUCAACUUAUCAAUCACACAGAAAAUCUAGAGUGCAACUAUAUAACAAGAAUGAAGAUAUUGCUGAUUGACUCAAAUAUUCGCCAGGAAAAGUGGACUCGAGCGAAACAAAUGUCAACGUUGAAAGCUGAAACUCCUCUCGAGCUUGAGCCUAUAUUAAAUACGUUAGACAACGUAACAAUACAAAUGUAUGAUUGGCUCCACUUAAUAAACAAUAGACGCGAAGAUCCCAAUUUGGUUAAUUAUUAUCGGCGUAACAAUUCAGUACAGCGAUCCUUCCAACUGAUUCACUUAUUAUUGAAGCAAUAUAAUUUAUCGAAUGAGAUCUUCAAUCGUAUUUGUGAAACUGCGAACAAUUUUGGAUUCGAGGGACUUAUAGGUUUUGGAACUCGAUAUGUAUACAUUUUAAUACCACCGAGCAUUACAAACGACGAAAUCGAGGAAAUAUCGAUGGUAUUAAAAUUUAAAAAUUUUGAUGUUAUAAAUACUAGCAUCAGUUGUGAGGGAAUGAAACUUGACGAAUGAUUAAUCUAAAAUUAUCGAUUAUUAUGUAUAAAUGACUAAUAAUAAGUAUAUUAUGUAUAAAUGACAAAUGACUAAAUGUAAGAAAUAUGUGACAUAAGAUUAUUAGCUUGAUCACUACUUAAUCACUUAAUUAAUAGUAGU